AUGUACGAUGUUGGAUUGGUGUUAUUUGUCACUCUUGUCACUCUUGUCAAUUUUCUAGGGGGGUUUUUGGCUCAACUGCGAGGCAGACCUGUAGCCGACUUGAUGCUGCUCAUGAAUUUGGCCAACAAGCGACUGUCUGGCUGCUCUUACCAGCAAGCAUACCCAUCCCUCAAUGUAAGGGGAAGAAAUUCCAUCUUCAAGUUGGGUUGGGAAGCCUUCACUGAUGGCCGCUCCGAUUUAUCGAGAGCGAAAUGGGUACGGAUGUGCGUCUUGGAUCUAGGACGAGGCUCGUCUGCUGAUCGAGAUGUAGAGAUCGGACCCUCCGUCAGAGAACCACAGACCCAAGAUGUUCAGACUCUGGAGGCAGACGUCAAGAGAUCACGACUCUACGAGCACAGAGUCGAAGCAAAGAGAAGAGCGAUAUGGUAG